GAACGCGUGGCCAUCAACGUCAGCGGACUUCGCUUUGAAACUCAACUGACAACUUUAGAACGCUUCUCAAACACUCUGCUCGGCAAUAAACAGAAGCGAAACAAAUUUUUCGACCCUUUAAAAAAUGAAUAUUUCUUCGAUCGCAAUCGUCCGAGUUUCGACGCCAUCUUGUAUUAUUACCAGAGUGGGGGCAGACUUCGAAGGCCUGUGAACGUUCCGACGGACGUCUUCACAGAGGAGGUCAGAUUCUACGAACUGGACGACCAGGCAGUCCAGCAGUACCUUGAUGAUGAAGGCUACGUGAAACCGACACCUCGACCUCUACCGACGAAUAAAUUUAAAAGAAAGUUGUGGCUGCUGUUUGAAUAUCCAGAAAGUUCAAUGGCGGCUCGUUUGUUGGCUCUGCUCUCCGUCUCCGUCAUCCUACUAUCAAUCGUCAUUUUCUGCCUUGAAACUCUGCCCCAGUUUAAAAGCUACAGGACUGUCAACGCUACUGGCAACAUAUCGGAGUCACGCGUUGAAGAGGAUAUCCCGAAGUUCACAGAUGCGUUCUUCAUCAUCGAGACAGCUUGCAUCAUUUACUUCUUCUUCGAACUCUUCCUGCGAUUUAUCUGUUGUCCGAACGUGUAUGCAUUCAUCAAAAACAUCAUGAACAUCAUAGACUUACUAGCCAUCAUGCCCUAUUUGAUCACGCUCUGCACGAUGCUCGCCAACUCGAACAGGAGCAUGGGCAACCAGGCCAUGUCGCUAGCCAUCCUUAGGGUCAUAAGACUUGUCAGGGUUUUCAGAAUUUUUAAACUUUCUCGCCAUUCAAAAGGCCUGCAGAUACUCGGUCAAACGAUCAAAGCAAGUCUUCGAGAACUGGGUCUCCUCAUCUUCUUCCUCCUCAUCUGCGUCAUCCUCUUCUCCAGCGCCGUAUACUUCGCCGAGGCAGAUGUCACUAACACACAUUUCAGGAGUAUUCCCGACGCUUUCUGGUGGGCAGUCGUUACCAUGACAACAGUUGGGUACGGGGACAUGAUGCCGACGAGUCCCUGGGGCAAACUGGUUGGCUCCCUGUGCGCCAUCGCAGGUGUCCUCACCAUCGCCCUGCCAGUUCCCGUCAUCGUUUCAAACUUUAAUUACUUCUACCACAAAGAAGCGGACAGUGAAGAAAGGGAG